AUGAAGGGUGCAAUUCUCACCUUUAUCACCACUAUACAUACGCCGCCUGCAGUUGCUGUUCGGGGCAAGACUGAGAAACACCGUUUGUUGCCAACGCUACUGGUAGCGGUCGUGAGGACGAUGAUAGUGGAGUCCACCAACCACAACGGAACAACAUCAUCAGCUACUGAUGAAGAGGGAGAAAUUGAGGAAAGAUAUAUGGGCAACAGAGGAAGAAAAGAACGGAGAGAAGCAGACGAAGAGAGAAAGCGAAGGCAGAAAGUGGACAACCAACAAUAG